GUCUGUUGUAGCUCUUCUGGCAAUCGCGUGUCCAAAUACACCACAGAACCUGGUCCACCGUCAAAGCCCUGGUCAAUUUAGGAUUGCGAUACCAAUUCCAUCUUUGAAAUCUCAAUUCAAACUCCGCGCCCGUCGACACUCAAUUCGUCCGCCAUGGCCAGCAUACCCUCUGGCAAGCCGGUCGGCAAAGACUCAGGCUUGCGAUACCCGGCGAACGGCAAGACAAUAUACCACAGGCCACUGAAUCGGAGCAGGACGGGCGAGCUCAGCCAGGCGGCCUUUGCUUACCUCUUUUCCGAGAUGGUGACGUACGCGCAACGGCGGGUGACUGGCAUCCAAGAUCUAGAGAAAAGGCUCAACGUCCAAGGCCACCCGAUCGGCGUCAAGCUCCUCGACCUCCUCCUGCACCGAGAGCCGGCCAAGUCGCAACAGCGGCCGCUCAACAUCAUUGCUCUCCUCCACUUCAUCAAGAUCAACGUGUGGACGCACCUUUUUGGUCGGCAGGCCGACCGCCUCGAGAAGAGCAGCGACUCGACCAAGCCAGACGAGUAUAUGAUCAUCGACAACGAGCCGCUCGUCAAUGCCUACGUCAGCGUGCCGCGCGAGAUGUCGCAGCUCAACUGCGCCGCCUUUGCCGCCGGCGUCAUCGAGGGCGUCUGCGACGGCGCCGCCUUUCCCGCCAGGGUCACCGCCCACACCAUGGGCAAGCCCGACGAGGGCGAGAUGUGGCCCGGCAAGACCGUGUUCCUCGUCAAGUUCGCGCCCGAGGUCGUCGAACGCGAGGCGUACCUCCCAAAGACUUAGUUGAGGGUGUUGGGGAUUUGGCGGGCUUUUACUGGAUGUCUUUAAUGGGUUCUUGCGUUGGCUUUGCGGAUGGUCCUCUUGUUGUUUCUUAAGGCAUGGCAUGGCGUUUUUUUGGAUCAGGUCUCAACGAUAGAGUUACAUUACGGGAUGUUUUUUCUCUUUGCUCAUCCAGUCGCAAUUUUGAGGGGCGUAUGACACGAUAUUGGUCAUAUUGUACCGCAGAAUAUGAUGGCACGGCCACUGGGAUUUGCUAAGCCUGUCGAGCUAGGGUAUCAUGUUGUUUUUCCCAUAAUAUCAAAACCGAAACUCCUCCCGA